AUGGAAUCUGCUCUGUCUCUUGCCACGGUCCAUCUGCACCUGAACACAAACAGCUAUGACGACAACAGUGGCGUCAACAGCUGGAGCGGCACCCCAGAUGAAUUUAACACCCGGCCAGUCAAUCAGACAUUCCCAAUCCAUGGGCGAAUGCACAGCAUCCUGCUGGGUGUCUCUCUGGGCUCCCUUUCUCUCAUCACUACUGUAAUGAACAUGCUCGUUCUUUAUGCUGUGAAAAGAGAGAAAAGCUUGCACACAGUCGGUAAUCUUUACGUUGUAAGCCUCUCAGUGGCUGAUUUGAUCGUUGGAACCACUGUGAUGCCACUUAACCUAGUGUAUCUGCUGGAGGACGAAUGGAAGUUGGGCAGGGCCAUCUGCCAGUUUUGGCUGAUUAUGGAUUAUGUAGCAAGUACAGCUUCAAUAUUUAGUUUGUUUAUCCUCUGUCUGGAUCGGUAUCGUUCUGUCAGACAGCCACUCAAGUACCUGAAGUAUCGAACAAGAGGGAAAGCAAGCGCAAUGAUAUCCGGAGCCUGGUUGCUGUCUAUGUUGUGGAUUUUCCCCAUUUUAGGAUGGAGGUCUUUCACCCAUGUAGAACUUAAACCGGAAGAGGAAAAACAGUGUGACACCGAUUUCCGCUUCGUCACGUGGUUUAAAGUGAUCACCGCUGUCUUCAAUUUUUAUGUUCCGUCAGUUUUAAUGCUUUGGUUUUACACACACAUCUACUUGGCAGUAAGGCAACAUCUGCGCGAUAGAGAGAGGAUCAUUCAUCCAACUGAUUCAUUUGGUGAAAAGGACAUUGAGCAAAAUGCUGGAUCAUCAAACAACUCCAAAUCCCAGGAGAAGGAAUGUGAGGCUCCAGAUAAACUUUUAAGACAGCAGCUUGACCUCAAACUUCUUGAGCAGACUUACUCUCUUGAGGAAAUUGAUAGAACCAAAAAGUCCCUUUGUAGAUCCCACCGUAAAAUUGGUGCGCAAUGUCCUGAGUCAGGUUUGCUUGGCAUGACAGCAAAGGAACACAAAAUAUCUACAAAACCAGGUAGAGAAUCCUUAUCCAAUAAGGAGAAGAGCCAGGAUGCUGCAGUUCCACUCAGUUCACAUUGUUCACAACCAGAAAAUUCAGGUGGAAACCAGGAAUCGUCUUUAAAUGAAUGUUGCGUAACAGUACCAAACACUGUAAGAGGUGUUUGUGAUAUCAACCAGGUGCAGAGGUACACGCCUGUACUUGGCAACAACCACAACCCCAGCGGCUCUCUUCCCUGGUCUAAUGAAACCGAUGGUGCCGAGAUAGACCCGGCUAAUGAGGUGACACUGAGACAGACAUGGCAAAGGUUUGUCGAAAUGUCCUGUGAGAGACUCCAGAGCCUGAGGAUCCACAAGGAGCACAAGGCGGCCAGGCAAUUGGGCUUCAUCAUUGCAGCUUUCCUGCUGUGUUGGAUACCAUACUUCAUAGUCUUCAUGGUCAUGGCGUUCUGUAGAGAGUGUGUCCACCAUGACCUGCACAUGUUCACGAUAUGGCUAGGUUACAUCAACUCCACUCUCAACCCUUUCAUUUACCCAAUGUGCAAUAGGAAUUUUAAACGAGUCUUCAAAAAUAUUCUGCAUAUACAUUUUUGA